UGGGAUGACAUUGCAUGGUAAGACAACAGACGCCCGAGUCUUCCCACGCACUUCAAUUCCUUCCACAGACCCUGGACCCGGAGAAAAAGAAGGCGGAGGUGUACCCUCCACGAUCCUCGUGACAAUCCAACCCCAUCAGAAGCAUCCGUUGAUCUGACGUUGCAGUUUCCCUCUUUCGAGUGCUCUGCUCAUGCCACAUUUUGUGCUCUAAUUUAUGUUCAUCCCCCUACCUGCGCAUCCUUCGAACAGGACUACCUUAUUGCAACUUCUAUACUCAUUCUUCUUCCUCGAAUGUCCAAUCAAUACUGGUUCACAUUUGUGACGUUGAUACCACAGACAUGGCUCUGAAUCUGGAGAGCCAACUGCGCUUUUAUGGCGCAUAUCAUCACGACACUGUAUGUGACUCUUCGAAUCCUGACAAGUCUAUCCUGCUAAUCUUCGCUCAGACCAAUAUUGCCAUUCAUAUUAUUGGAGUUCCAACCAUCCUCUGGACUACGUUUGUUUUGUUCUCCAACAGUCCAACGUUAAUCCCUCUGCCAGAAGCCGUUACGAUCCCUUACCUUGAUCUGAAUGCCGGAACGAUAUUCUGCCUACUGUACUGUUCCUUAUACGUUUUAUUGGAGCCAGUCGCUGGGACUGCGCUCUCAAUCCUUCUGCUUGCAGGCACUGCGUACGGGAAGUACCUGGUCACCAUCUAUGGUAUGACCGCGAACUACUAUGCCGCGGGGGGCUUCGUCGUGUCCUGGAUUGCUCAAUUUAUUGGCCACGGCGUAUUUGAGGGUCGUGCUCCUGCUCUACUCGACAACAUCUUUCAAGCCUUCUUCCUCGCCCCUCUCUUUGUCUGGCUCGAAAUCUUGUUUGCUCUGGGGUACAGGCCUGAGCUGAAAACCCGUAUGGAAAAGCUGGUGGCUCAGGAUAUUGCCAAAUACCAAAAAUCCAAGGCCGAGGCUGUCAAUGGCACAGCCAAUGGAAAAGCUCUCAAUGGCCAUGCGAAACAAUCAUGAGGGCGCUACAUCCGAGGCGCACCAAAGAAUAUUGACGAACGCUGCCUUCCAUACUCUCGAUCAUGUUGGCAUCGAAAUCAUUCCACAGGGAUCUCCAGGUGGCAAUCAAUCGAUUUGUGUUACCUAUCACUCCACUACCGGGUGAUAUGGUCAUGGGUUCCAUCUCGUGACUUAUAGGUUACGAAGAACUUGGAAAAUUGUACACUGGUACACCGAAUGAAGUGAGCUUUGUGCUUCGGGCAUACUCAUCAUCAUCAGUCUAGUAGUCAGAAUUCUCAGCGGGAACUUGUUGCCAGUGUGGCGCUGAGGACUAUACCAUCACCUCGCAUAUGAGACGGAGCUGGACCACGGAAUAUCUUGAAAGCAAGACAAGGCGACCGACCAUACAAGUCACGGCGCAGCAGCAGAUAACACUCCCAAGCUUCUGGAAUUUCCCGUACGAUCCCCUGGACUAGCACUACAUCUUUCGCUCAGAUCAACAAACGUGGGCCUAUCUAGUCUAUCAUAGGGCUAUGCUUCAAGUGUAUUAGGAAGAAUCGGUCAAAGAUUAUGCAACCACUUUGAGUCCGACGUCCGCAAUGCGAAUUCCUGCCCGUAAACGAGGACCUUGCGUCCCUCAUUCCCUCCCCAGUUGGCCACCAUAAUCCGGCCAUUUGCCCAUCUGCGGUGUUAAAAAUCAAUGUGUUGAUAUCCCUUCGUCGCAGGUUGAUCGUUUCAUCGACUCACUUAGCCUUGCGUACCAACGUUCACCAUCGACAAUCCAUAUCCACGAAGGGCAACAGCUUGCAGGAUUUCAGAUUGAAGUUCUCGGCCACCAUUAAUCCUGUUUCACUUAUCCAGAUCUCUAACCAUAGCACAAAUUCCAUUGCACUGCCAGUGCAUUUGCCUCUGUCCAUGGGAGAGAACAUGGCCACGAAUGCUGUAUCCGACAGUUGGAAUUUGAGACGGCCCCCAAUCCAGCACUUCUACUUUGCUUUAAUUCAAAAGUCCAUUUCCCUGUCAGAUCUUGACAUAUGUGCGUCCCACAGAUCCUAGAUUACGGCAAUCGACGUUAGUACGCAUGGACUGGAUCAAUCAACAGAUGGGUGGACGUACCCAGUUGACAAAGCCUGGACUGUUGAGUGCUGCCACUAGACCUUCGCCACCAGAGAUUGGACUGACAACUGUCUGAGGAAUAGAGUUUCCCUGGCCGAAGGACUGUGGUCCGUUGGAGAUGGUGGUUUCGAAGAAAUCAUCCACUGAGGGCACAACAGUCAGCCUGUGAGUAUAGACAAAGCAACAAGAGGUGAACAUACCUAACUGCGGAAGCGGCACAUCAUGCUGUCUCUUUGGGAAAUAUUUGUCCAACAUGACUCCAAGAAUGUUCGAUGCCUGCAUGGCCUCUUUGGAACUCUUGCUGGAAUCGUCCCAUGAAAGACGUGUGUUCUGUAGAGCCAUGAUCAUCUCAUCCCGGCUAUAGUGCAGCGGCAUGUGGCUGCCUGUGAGAUUGAGCUGGUCCACUUGUUCAUCCGAACGAGAGUUGAGUUCAAGACAGACAAUCAUGGACGCCAACAAGAAAUCGUGUCUUUCAAGAGAUGAAAUGAACCACUUAUCACGAAAGAGUCGCCCACCCACCUGGACCUGUUCGAAAAUCCGGGCCUGAUGUCUAAGAAGUGCCAUUGCCGCUUCGACGCAUACCAAUCUCGAGUAUGUAUAAUCGGAAUUGGCGAAUGCCUCGGUCAUAUGGUGCCGGUGCAGUACACAGCGCGCCUUCUGAUAGAGCAAUUCGAGGUUGUAUCUCCGCAUCAACAGCCGCGGCGAUACGGUGAUAGCGUCUUCUGGAUUGGAUAUUCGAAGAUGGUUGGGUAGCGACUGGUGAGCCAAGUUCAAUUUUUUGUCCAAGGCCAUGACCUCCUGAAAGGUUGCCACCUUGGUCGACGAAACUUGAUUAAAAAUUGCUCUGAAGGCCGAAGCCAAUCUGCCCUUGACAAUGGUGUAUAUGAUCGGGGUGGACUCCGUCUCCGGCCGUGAUUGUGGCAGCUCAGUGGCAUGAGGGUCUAAAUCUUCAUCGAACAAAUUUCGCGGUGACUGGGUAUCGCAGUGCGACUCCUGAAUGAUCAGAGGCAGUCCCAAUUGGCAAGAAGUCAGCAUGUCACCCUGCAACAUCAUGGCCCAUAUACGCCGUCUCAUUUCGGCCUGGAAAGGGGAUAUUCCAGGAUAAUGUUGCGCAUCUCGAUGGUAACCCAUUCUCAUUGCCAGUCGAAUCGCGACGCCGGUCAAGACCCAUAUCCCCACCUGAGCAUCAGGUUGGCGCACGAACUCAUUCUGAAUGUUGAUUAAAACCGCCUCGAUGGUGAAGGUGCUCGGGCUUGUGGAGUAAUUUGACAUGAUCAAACACUCGGUGGACCGUUUGUGGAAAGUUUGCGUGACCUGUGCAGGAUGGCCAAAGCCAGAUGGCAAGUCUUCUUGCGACCGAAGGUAUAAAAAUGCUCCGAUGGACAAGAUACCGAACAGAAGAGCUAGCCAUGGUAGCGAAACAUCGGUCGGGUCGAGCCAGAACUGGUUAUACUGCAGGGUUCAAUCAGCACGUGACGUCGGUCCAGAAUGGAUGAUGUCUUCAUACAUGUUGCUGGAAGCUCGGGGCGUGAAACAUGGCUAACAUCUGUCAGUCGUCGUUGCACACGGGUCGAGGGGACGUUUAGUACCGGUGGCAGGCUCUCCCAUCAAGAAGAAGCGAGCCACGAGGUUAUCACAAAUCCCUCUUGAUGGGAUAUCUGCUAGGACAUCUUCAAGAUCAGGAAGAGGUCCCACACAUCGAAGGAGCAGUGGUCCCGACGGUUCGAUCGAUGCUGGCGGAUUGGGGGAUUCGUGAAAGCCAUCUUCUUCGAGAUUCUCACGAACGAGAGCAAUCUGGAACAGAAGGAGAAGAAACCAAUGUCAGCAGAGUCCAAAGAAGACACACAUACCAAUGCAGCAACGAUAGGAUAUCAACCCACUUCAUUACAGAUUGCCGCCCAAUGGACCGCCGAAACAUAAACCGUCUGGUUACUGUUAUUCGUGACCAUUCGACCAGGCAAAACCCCCUGACUGUCUUCAGCUGACGGACUGUUGGAACCAUGUGGACCGGAAGUUCCCUGUGAAGGAUUCCCCAGGGAACCUUUACUACUGUCAUCAACACUGUCGGCAUCUGAAGUCUUUCGCUGGUCGGCGAUCAUGCCAACCAACUGCUCCAGACGAAUCAAACGAGCGUCGAGAUGAUCAUUUCCACCACCUCGGCGCUGAAUCCCUGCAGCCCGUCUCUGUGACCCUGUCGCAUAUACGCAACUGACUUUGCGCGAAACGCAAUUGCUGCAUGGUUCGGUGCGGUCGCAUCUCAAUCUAUUUCCACAGUCAUUAGUAUUAGUAGUAGGGAAUCUAGUCCAAUUCCCGGAUAGCGUAUCUUCAUUAGUAGGAGAGGGCAAUAAUAAGAUCAACUCACUUUCUUU